CGAGAUCAUGCUUAAAGACACACACAUAAAUCAUGGCAUAAAUAAGGCAUAGUCGUUAUAAGCACCAGAUUUCAACCUGAAUUCCCAAGGUAAAACAAACUAUUGUAGAACUUCGAAAAUAGCUUCAUAAUGGUGAACCGUAAGGUUGUUUACAAGAGGACCGAAUCGUCUCAAAUAUAUUAAGUGUAUAAUCUAUGGUCCGAAUCUUAUCACAUGGUCGAAUCAGCUGUUUACAAAAAGUAUACCAGAUUCUAAGAAAAUCGUACCAACUGGUAGAAAACUGUAGAAAAAUAUUUUGAUCUGUAACAUGUUUAUCAUAUAAGUACACAUCAUGGUAAUGAAUUAAUAACAAUGAACAGUACUCAGUCAGCUGGACACAAUAAUUAAUAGUUUUUAGAUUAGUUUUUAUGGACAUCGGUUAAUCACUCUAGUAAACCUUGACAAAUAAAAUAUGAGAAUUAAACAAAUGUACUACUAUUAGUUUAUAAACUAUUCAAAUACGAUGUGCUUCUAGAAUAUUAAAAUAAGCAGGAAUAAAUAUUUUUUAAUAUCUAGCAACACCGAAAUAUUUUUUUAGUUUACUCUGUCGUUCAUUCCGACCGCGCAGACGCGACGCUUUACUCAGCUGUUUGACCUUGAAACUACAAGCAUUUUUUCUGUUAAUCAUGGAAUUUGGCGAAAAAGUUGUGUUGAUAACCGGUGCAAGUUCGGGCAUAGGUGCGGCCACAGCUAUUCACUUUUCGAAAUUAUCGGCACAAUUAGUACUUGUCGGUCGAAAAGAAAAUAAUUUACGUCGAAUCGCGUUAUACUGUGAAAAAUCUAAAGGAAUCAAACCUUUCACUAUCACUGCUGAUGUCACCGAUGACGGCGACACCCAAAGAAUAAUUAAUGAAACCAUUGAACAUUAUGGAAAACUUGACGUUUUGAUAAACAACGCCGGAGUGAUCGGUAUGGGCGGCAUCAAAAAUUCCACAAUGGAAACUUAUGACGACGUUAUGUCGACUAAUUUGAGGUCGGUUUAUCGAUUAACAAUGCUUGCGGUUCCGCAUCUAAUACAAACUAAAGGAUGUAUCGUGAAUUUGUCGUGUAUAGCAGGUACAAAGCCCAGUACAAUGGCUUUAGCCUAUAACAUCUCGAAAGCCGCAUUAGAUCACUUUACUAAAUGUGUUGCGUUAGAAUUAGCACCAGAUGGCAUUAGAGUGAAUUCUGUUAACCCGGGAUUUGUAAAAACGAACUUAUUGAAAGGAAUCGGAUUAACUGAAGAUCAAUUAGAGUUGUUCGUAAAAAACGUUGUAGGGAACAUGCCUCUAAAAAAGCCUGUUGAAAGCGAUGAAGUUGCUGCGUUAAUCGCCUUCCUUUCCAGUGAUAAAGCGAAAAGUAUUACAGGAUCUAUUUAUGUUAUCGAUGGGGGCAGUUUGCUGCGCUGAUAAUAAAAUUAUUUUCUGCGUUGUAUGAAAUGUAUCAAUGUGCUUUUUAUUAACUGUAUAAUCGUCAUACAUACAGUAUUAUAAUAACAACUACUAGUCUUAUCGAAAGAUCUACGAAUAUUUAAAAUGUUGAUUACCUAUUUAAUUAUCAUAGAUGUUUAUUUUAAUCAUUAGAUAAGUAUAAUCUGUUAAAAUGAAAUUUCAUUUAAAUAAAAUUGUGUAAAUAAGUGAA